AAUAACUAGUUACCGUGCUCGUUACCACAAUAAUAACGUAGUUACUGUAACGCGUUACUUAAUAACGCGUUAGUCCCAACACUGCUCAUGGCCAAUGGUCUUGAUCAAUGAACAGUGGUUGUUGAUCAAUGCACUGACAAUUAGCAUAUUUAAUGAUCAAGAAACUGACCUCACAGCAUGUUGUUCGUCAGUGGUGUUAGUUUCAGUAAUUGUGUCAAGGUACUGUUCAUAAGGUUGGGAAACCUGCAGUCAGCUGAGACUGAAGAAGAACUUGGAUGAGUGACGAAACGUUUCUCCCACUGAAAACGCUGCGUCCAGAUGAACAGAAUCAACUUUUGGGGAUUUCCUUACCUGGAUGAUUAAGCAUGCAUUAAAACAAUAUUGAAUUUAUAUUUUUGAGACAAUCUCUCCUCUAGCUUAAUCUUUUCAAAGUUACUCUGUACCCUUUGGAUUCCCCCUCCUUUUCUCAUAGGCUCUCAUUGUUUCCUUGAAAGAUAAUGGGGUUUUAAGCUGUUUCCCAUUUAUGCGUACUUAAACUCUGACUUUAUGGUCACAGAUUGGUAUUGCACCAUUUAAUCACUCUUAGAGCUUUAUGUUCUGUACUCAGGUUAGGCUAUCAAAUAUCCCCGUCUUGAAUAUUUUAUGACACGAUGCCUUCCUCUUGCUCAGGGAAAUGUGUCAUCUGAGCUAAUCUGUAGUCGUUGCCUUCUAACACUGUCCUUCCCCCUUAAAGCACGAGGGAUUCAGUGGGUUUUGUCGCCAAUGGCCAUGUGAAAUAUUCAUUUCAAUUAAUUUUCAGUACUUUUACUACUUUUCAGUACUACUGUACAGUGGCUUGUGUGGAGUUGAAUUACCUCAAAAAUGAUGUACUAGUGGCAUAUAUGAAAUGUAAUGCAAUAUAAUAAUUUUCUCAGUUCAGAAAAACUGAGAAAGGUUAUAUGAGACAUGGUGUGGUAAUACAAAUCAUGAGAAUCUAAGCACAAGUAUGAAUUGAUUUUCCUUAGAAAAAUCUAAACCAUUUCUGACUUAAACAAGUAUUAAUGAAAUCUUUCAGGGUUGCAUAUAGUGGCAAAAACAAUUCAGUACUUUGCUGCUAUCGCUUUUAGUCACCCAGCUCCCCAAGCUCAACCUCUCUGAUGCAGAAGCCCUUUCAUAUGCUUUGAUCCUGUUAAUAAUUAUUAUCCAUGGAGCUGAAGAAGAAAAGCAGAAUGGAAAAGCAAAGAAUGUUGCAAACUGAUAGGCACAUACGGGGGUUUCGGGAGGGGGUGGGUGAGGCUGGGAAUGUUUUCAGGGAUCGGAGUUUCAGCCCUGCGUUUUCCUUUCGCAGACAUUUUCAGCGAUUAUGAAAAAGCAGAGAACGGCUCAAAGACGUCAUCUGACGUGAUCCUAUGCCAAAGGGUGACAUUCCUGCCACAGAUAAACAGCUGUGGAACUUGAAACAUAUUUUUCCUGUUUUCACAUACAGUGUAGAAAAAAGAAUACUGUUGCUGAUGCUUAAAUGCGCCCUCCAUACCAUACAUAUUCUCCUAUCGCUCAUGUUUUUUUUGGAUGAAUUCUUAGUGGCCUUGCUUUAUCUCAUCCACGCUGUCCAUCAUUGUUGGAAGAUGUUUGCCUCCUGGGCUGGUUCCCUAUCUGGAGUGGCUCUGAAUGGGCUCAGAACAGAACUGGAAUGAAGAUCCCUACUGGCCUACUGGCAGCAGUGAGAAAGGAAAGCACAGGGGGUGAGAGCAAGCCAAGAAGCUCAACUGUUUCUUCGUCCUUCUCGCUCUACUGGGGUUGGAACAUUUUUCCAUUCCUCCAUAGUUACUGCAAUUCAUACCAGACUGUUGAUAUUCAAUUCUAUCUUAUAACAUCACUUCAGCGUGUAGUUCCUGUGCCAUAUCAUGCUCAGUGCAAGGAUAGAGUACAAUUAAUCUGAUACUUUAUAGUAUUUUAACCAUCUUUUUUAUUAUUAUUUAAACUACAAGACUGCUGGGCUUUUUUUUAGUCUAUAGUACUACAAGAAAGUAGUGCUAUUUCUGUCCUGAUGUUAUAUUAUAAAAUCCCCCCCUACAGAAAUUGGAGGGAUUAUAGAGCCUGUUAGCCACAGGGAGAAAACAUCUCCUGUAGUGUUAGGGUGAUGAGUCUUUUUCCUCGUGUUCAUUGUGUCUUACCAGGGAGCCAUGAAUAGGAUGAGAGGAAUUGUGCCUGAUGCUGAGAAGUCUCUUGAGUAUACUCCCCUCAGACACAUCCACCAGAGUCUCUAGUUAAGCUCCAAGAAAAGAACCAGCCUUCCUGAUGUGUUAAAGUCUGUUGGCAUCAAAUACUUACGGCCCCCUGUCUGAGCACACAGCUGCAUGAAAGGCCACACUCGUCUCCACGGAGUAAUACAUCAUAUGCAACAUGAUCCUGCUGGGGUUGAAGGUUCUAGCCUUCUCAGUAGAGGAAGUCGACUCUGGCCCCCCUUUUAUAUAUUUUUUAGUAUUCCUCAAACCUUUACUGGGGCCAUGAUUGAAAAAAAAAAAACUAAAGGGCUUCAUGUUUUUACUGAGACAGAAUUGUUUUAUACAGGAAUUCUUUGGUGAAAUACACCACAAUAAGACAAAGAGCUGAACCUGUUAUUCACAGAGUGGGUACCCCCACAGAUUCCCCUUGCUGCCACUGUUGAUUGACGAGACUGUAAUGCAGUGGGACACACUAAUCUAUAACAGCAUCUCACACUCCAUUGGAUGGAGAUGUGAAUUUUCAGCAGACCUGGGAAUACAUCACUGCCUCACCAAAUCCCAUCAAAUCAUGACUCUGGAAUGUCAGAAGUUGCCAAAAAAUAAAUAAGAGCGAUUAUGAGAUUCAGUCCACCCUUCCUUCUAUACGCUCAAGAGAAACAUGUACACAUAACUAACAGAGCCGAGCCAUGCCUUAGCCCCUCCCUCUUUUUUCCCUGAAAUUAUUGAUUGAUAGCUAAACCUUGUUAUUCACUGUGCUGUUAAAAUAGACUUUAUGAUCCAACAACUCAAUAAAAAAAAAAACUGAUUUAUUCAGGUGGUGGGUAAGUUGCCAUUGAGAAAAAAAGAAUGUGUCAUGGCUCACAUCCAUCACCUCUUUUAUUGCUGCAACACAACAUGUAAAAAUGAAGUCAUUAUAGUGACAAAUCUGUGAUCGCUUGAGUCUUUCCGUCUGGAAACUGGGCAGCUGAUGGUGAAGGACAGAGCGAUGGAUGAUCCAGUUUUGCCCCCCCCCCCCUUCAGUCUCUCUGAUAAACGCACACAAACAUGAGGAUAUGAGGAUGACAAAGUGGGAGAUGUGCAAACUUGCGAGGGUGGUGAUGAAAAACAGCUGUUAGGGAAGGACGGUGUUUGCGUGUGAAUACACACAUGACAGCAAUAUUUAUGCAAGUAGCAGCUCCUCACAUACAAACACAAUGUUCGCAGAUGAAAGGCGGUAAACCUUAAUGGCAGGUUGGCCAUACAUAUAAUGGUGUCUAACCACAGGCAUUUUUCUUGGAAACCGUUUAACAUCAAAUAUGCUCACAGGCUGGUUUACAGGACUUUGCAAAAGUCUUGAACCACUCCUUCUUUCUUAAUAUUUCAAUUAGAAAACAGGAUUUACUGAAACGUGCAAACAAAAAUGGAAAUGCAGCAUAUAAGGUGAAACGGACUUUGUACAAUUCAAACAUGUUGGAAAAUCAAUAUUUGGUAGAACCACCCUUAUACUUCAAUACAGUCCAAACUCUCUUUGACAAGCUUUCUUGUAGUUUCUAAAGGUAGUCUUCAGGAAAGGUUUUUCAGACUUCUUGAAGGAUAUCCCAGAGCUCUUCUUUGGAUGUUGGCUCCCGCUUGUGCGGCUCCCUGUCGAGAUGAUCCCACAAUGCUAGUAACUGCUACCUGCUAGAAACAAAGUGCCUAAAGAUACCAUUUAAAAAUGGUUCAUUACCGAGUUGCCUGUUAUACAUAGAGACAACACUGGUUUCAUCCUGAGAAUAAAGUGUCUUUUUUAUGUUUGAAUGAUUCAUAGGGCAAAGUUAAGUUGCUCAAAAUAUAAAAUAAAAAAAAAACAUGUAUUAAAAAAAAAACAUGGAAAAAGAGAGAAGAAGCAGUCAAUGUCCAAAGAAAAAUAGACUUUCAGAAAGCCUCGAGAACUAUUGCUCAGAAGCACUUUAGCAAAUGACAAAGUCUGGCUCCUCGGAAGGAAAAUGUAAAGAAAUGAGGUGUUCCUUAAAACUUAUACUAUAAAGUAUUUUAGAGUAUAACAGUUAGAUUCAAGAGUCACUCGAUAUUCUGAACUUGGGAGUACACCUGAUUUAAAAUAUAGAAACAAAAAAAUCCAGCAUAUUAGAACUUUGUUGUUUUAGUUUCUGUAACAUUUGAAAGAAAAGGAAAAAAGGAGGUUAUUGGAAGCUUUAUACAGUAAAGGCAGGUCAGAUUCCCUUACAAGUAUUAAUCGAACAAGCAUUCGUCAGGAUGACAUUUGAUGACCCCCCUUGUACCUAUAAUGAUAAAAUGGCCAAAGACAACUUCUGAUGGAAACUCAGUCAUUUUAUUUAAUAAACAGGCCUGAAAUGUGAUAGAAGCACUCGGUGUUUGAACACGUUCAGAAAAAACCUUCAAAAGUUACUCCUAGUAGGCUUUCAAGGGAUAAUGAGUGACGUUAUCGGCUACAAUGAAGAGCAAUUGGAAAAAAAAUAUAUAUCACCAAGUGUUAUCUUAGCCAUAUUUUAGUUCUUUAGAUCAGCAAUACUUUCUUAGAGAUAUCUUUAAUCUAAUGCAUGAGAUAGAGGAGCGUCAGUGACCUUAAAGGCUUCAAAGGCCUCCUGCUCGAUUCAGAUUUUUUUUUUCUCCUUUUUUUUCUUCUUUUUUUGUGAGAGUGGUUAAUUACUGACAACUCUAUGGCUCAAUUUCAUUUAUAAUCUUCUGUCCUACUGGCUCCAUUCCUGGCUUUAUCAUUUUGUUUUUUAUUUGCCUUCUCUGCACACCAUUACUUCAGUGAUCAACCUUUGAAAUAAAGCCUAAGAAUUGCCAAGGCUGAGUUUUACUUGGGUUUCCUCCUUUCCACUUUCAGUUUUAAUAUUUACGGAUUAUUAAUCUCAUGAUAAAGUGCAUGCCAUAAAGUACAUAUUUCAGUGACAGCUUAAAUCCUAUCCACACUGUAACCCAUUGUAAAAAUGUCUACAGCUGUUCUAAUUUCAUAAAAUACGUUCCAGUUUUUGUCUCUCUUUACAAACAAUGCCCUUGUUGGUCCUUAGAUUGAUCUAAAAAUUCACCCUGGCCCUUGAAUAUAAAAGGCAUAAGGUCCAGAUGUGAGCACAGAUGAUGGGUCCCUGUAGACCUCACCACAUCAGCUGCCAACUGCACUGACAUCUGCAUGCAGAGUACCUUUUGUGGUCAAUAGGAAAUGGCCUCUUUAAGCUAAAUUAGUAGCGCUGUGCCAUUGAGACUAAACAUUGGAAAAAGCUGGUAGGAAACUGUCUCUCUUACAAACAUCAUAUAAAUGGUGAGGAACGUUCAGUCAGAAUUCUCAACUGUUUUUGCUUUUAAAACAGUCAUAGCGUCCAUUUUAUUUAAACUGUCUUGCAAGUCUCACAAAAAUGAGUUACUGUGGAGGCAGCACUGCAAACUAGGGAUUUGGGCGAUGGAAUAUACUGAUGGGUUGGGACUCUUGAGUCGCUGACGUGUUGAUGGCUGUGCUGAAGACUUCCCAUUCUUUUGACAAUAUUUGACUUGGCAAGGAAUUUUGAAGUAAAAGCAACUGGUUACCUUGUCACAACCCCUAAAGAGAAACCAGUGGUAACAUGAUCUUAGCGUGGGUGUUUGCUUUUUGCUGAUUGAGUAGACAUUUUGUGUAUUACUUGAAGAUUGAGGGGAGUUCACUGCGCUGAGGCGGGGUCAGUGGUUAUGGCCUUGCAAAGUUGAAUAAUUGGAGAAAAUUGAGGCAUAAUUUUUUUUACUUUUUGCUGUAUUUUGCAGUGGGUGCAUUGGUUAAUUUCAUCAGCCAGAGGUCUGACACAUGUUCAGUUUUACAGUUUUCCAUUACUCAAGGCAUGCCAUGGUACUUUGGAGGAACGUUGUUAGGCCGAGGAGCCAUGCUGAUGCAUUUCUUUGAGUUAUGACAGAUUUUCUUUAUUAUGAUUGAAUGUGAGAAAAACUGAAACAUGUUCUUAGCAUUUAUUUUUCUUAAAGCUUCUCAGACUGUUUAUCACCUGCUUCAUACACUAUAAAGAGAGUUUCUUUAAAAAUAUAGAUAUUAUUUUUAAAUGUUAUGCAAUGGUGUGCUGGUUUAACCCACUUGAAAUUGAAUUGCACUGUAUGUAGCCUGUAAACUAAAAUGAGGUUGACACCCCUGUCAUAGCUGUCGGAUGGAUAAUCGCUUUUCUGGACCUAGAAAUGAAUUUUCAAAUAAAAGCAUGCAGAUAUUGUAUGUCAUGUAUAUAUCAAGUUUGAGGUCUUUGCCAAAGUGCCUGAUGUACUUAAGGCUACAGCUUGUGAGGAAAUGGGUUUCAAAUUUGACUUCGAAUAAUUAUCCAUAGCUUUGAAUCAUCAGAAGUUAUUUUAUUUUUAGUCAAUGUAAGGAAGACACUUUGCUAUAGUUUUACUGCAAGUAAUAUAACAAAAAAAAAAGUUGCUCAUACUUUGGCAGAACAUUUUUAGUAGGCUUCUGAAACCUUGGGACACAGUUGCUGUCCUACCUCUGUACUCUAAUCCACCGAUGAAAUAUAAACUUGGUAAGAAAAUAAAUCUUAUCCUGUUGCAAAGCCUUUUUUUCCUCUUAAAUUGUGCCAUAUUUGGAACGAAAAUGCAUUUAUGGGUUGAGCAGCAGAGUUGAGUAUGUGGGUAGCACUCAUGAAAAACUUGCCAAAUCUUCUCUGCCAAUCCCAAACAGUUUAUUAUGCUACCGACUCUUGUUCUGAGCUCCUGGUGCCCCAGGUGCUGCUAAUCAGGUGCCUGUGAGCAUGGGCCGUACUACAGCUGUCAGUUGGUGUCUGCUCCAGGCAUGUCAUGCUAUGAUCUAGACAGGGCCUGUGCCACAGGAAAACUUCAAGCUGAUUAUCUGCAAAACCAAGUUGUUUUGUUGGCGUAAGUCCUAGUACCGUCUCCAAGUUCCAUAUAGGAUCCUGUCAGACAAAGUGCAUGUCCUAAGAAUGAGACAUCAGAAAAGGACAGUUUCCUCACCCUGUCAGCAUGUAGGAAUCUGCCACAACUGCCCUUCACUGUCAGUCCCAUUUGCGGUGGUGUCGGCAAACUAAAAACAUGAAGGGAAGUUAUGCUCAGCAACGAGUCCAGAUUCUGCCUACAGCAGCCGGAUCAUAGGAUCAAAGUGUAGAGAAGACUCAGAGACCAUUAUGCUCAUUCCUGCACUGAUAGGGUGACAGUUUUUGGUGGAGGCAGCGUGAUCGUGUGUUGACCAAGCUGGUGACCAGCAUGAGGAGGUGGUGCCAGGCUGUUCUGGCUAUGUAUGGUUCUUCCACAUGCUGCUGAGGCUUGCGUUUGUUAAAUACAUAAACUAUAAAUUGCCAGUGUUUCUUCAGGCUCCAAUCUAAUAAACACUAAAGAAAUAGUCAAACACAGAUUCCCUCACUUUUUGUCCUAAGUUCUUUUUGUUCGUUGUUAUUUUAUUUCAAUAUGGCUUAUUUAACUGACCUAUUAAUACAUUUUAUAGAAACUGAGGCGACUGGAGGUCGCCAAAUUCUCAGGAAACUGAAAAGUCGUACUCUUCUGCGUUACUGAUUUCCUUCACUGGUUCAUGUCUUUUAAUAUUUUAUAGUACUUGUUUAGAGUGGGGAGAUCACUUUCACAGUCUAGACUCAUUCACUUUACAAACCGUUUGGCUACUGAAACAUCUAUCACAUUUGUAAAACAGACCAGAGGUUGCCUAUGAAGGAAUCAAUAUCAAUGUGGGGGGAAGAUGACAGCUGCUCGACUCUGUCCCUGCCUGCAAAAUGUAAAGGUUAAGAGGCAUCAUGAAUUUGAUAGGCCUCUUUGGGAAUUCAACUCUGCUGGGAGGAUCCAGCUCAGCCUCAUUCUCUAAUUUCUUCCCUUUUUUUUUUUAUCAUCUUCCUGAACAACAUGAGGAGUUCUUUGCUGGCCUGGAAAACGGGACCGUUGGGGACUGAAUAUGAAUUACUUCUUCAAAGAAAAGGGGGAAAGGCCAAGUCUAUCUUGCCUCUAGCUGUCAUCCUCUUCAUUUUUUUUCCCCUACACAUUUUUUCUAUUUUCCACCUUCUCUUCUUUAAAUGUAAAAAGCCAAGUUGAUUACAUUCUUACUGUCAUAUGUGUGUCCUCUCUUUUUCCUCUACCAGUCUCCUUUUCUCUGCCUCUCUUCUGUUCUGUUUUGGCUCCCACAUCAUAACCCCCCCAUACCUCUUCCCUCCCUCGCUCCUCACAUUACGCUCCAGCUUUUCCUCUCUGCGUCCCUCCCAUCUCUCUCAUUCAUACACUGGCUUCAUCUCUGCUCCAUUAGUUAUGCAGCUCUCUCUCCCUCUCACUCGUCUGCUCAUCCACUGACCGGAUAAAUACCACUGCUUUGUUCCAGCAGUAGCUGUUCUCUGCUUCACCAACUGGGACUCCAUGGCUGGCAGUGGUGCUGCUUGAUUCAUUGCACUGUCUGAGGUCCUCCACGUUUGAAUUGUUUCAAUCAUUAUUCAUCUACAGAUACUCACUGUAGUUUGGAGCUUCAUGGAGGGAUUUCCUGUCCACUGACCUAAAGGGCUGACUUACUGGACCCGCAGCCAUGUCGGCCUGCAGCACCUUCACAGAGCACGUGUGGAAACCAGGCGAGUGCAAGAACUGCUUUAAACCAAAGAGUUUGCACUGUCUAGCUCAGAGUAGUGGAGGGAAGCCUCCUUCUGAGCAAAGACCUCAAACAUCCCAGCAACAGAACCUUCCAGCUGCUGGUGCCAGAGCCAAUCCUAACCAUACCACCACCAACUCCCAGCGGACUGGCAGUGGAUCUGCUCGCUCAGGACACUUCCGUCCACCUGUGGCCAAGAAGCCAACCAUCGCUGUUAAGCCCACUAUGAUGCUGCCCUGCUCCUCUGCAGGACUUGAUUCAGAUGGCAAUCUCCAGCAACCGCCAAAGGUAAUAGAGCAGGGGAAAACAUCAGCCUUCACAGUCUGGAAUCGCAAUGGACUGAACCGCAAAAGACCUGGUGGGCCCAGCAACAACAAUGAAGGAGAGGAUGACAAUGAUGAGAUUGAGGGUUAUGGACCACUUAGCCCAAGGACACCUAGUGGAAAUAACAACAGUGGAUUGACAGAUGUACUUAAAGAGAUUGCUGGGUUGGGCCCUGGUUCUAGUCCCACGCAACUUUCUGGCUCAAAGGACUUGUUUUGGGGUCGGAUCAGUAGUUCAUACCGACGAUCCUUAGAAAGAGGCAUACCAGCUUCAAGCUGUCUGGCUAUGGGAAGUAGUAGUGGUGGUGGUGGUGGAGUUGGGAGCACUGCUCAAAAACGGGUAUCCCUGAGCGAUAGUACCAAAAUCAUCAGCACAGAAGGUGGUCGCUUUUGUUAUCCGGACUUUACAAGUGAAAGUGAAGAUGAGGAGGAUGAAGAUGAUGAUGAUGAUGAGGAAGACACUGAAAGGGAUGAUGAUGAAGAGCAUGAGAGCUGGGAUGAAAGCGAUGAAGAGUUGGUAGCCAUGGAAAUCCGUAUGCGAGGACAACCACGAUUUGCUAAUUUCCGUGCUGCCACAUUGUCUCCCGUUCCCUUUGCUGCGGGGAAAAAGUGGAAUACUGUGCCGCUUCGCAACCGCUCACUACAGCGAAUUUGUGCGGUGGACUAUGAUGAUAGCUAUGAUGAGAUCUUAAAUGGCUAUCCUUCUGUGGAUUCCAAUGGAGGGCUGAUUUCCUACGGACCUCACGAUAUGCUAGGCAGCGGCUUCCUGUCAAAUUCUGAGUCUACCACUUCUCCUGAAUCAUCGUCAUCAAUACCGGAGGAUUCUCGAACAACAUCCAGCAGUGGUAGCAGCGCUAACUGUGUCCUUCGAAAUGGCUUGCAUUCUCCCACAUUUUGUAAGCCACCUAUCACCUGCACUUCUCCUCCUAAGAAGGAAUCUGUCAACAGGGCACUGAGUCCACUAAAGGUAGCUGAAACACACAAGGCUGUCCUGGCUAUCAGAUUAGAGGAUCAGGAUGGCAGAGAAGGGAUGCCAAUGCCCCAAGCGCUUCCUGGUCAGCCAGUCACUAUAAGUUUUAGUCCCACAGAGGAGCAAGCUAAACCAUACCGUGUAGUAAAUUUGGAAAAGUCAUUGAUCUGUAAGCCUUACACUGUAGUAGAUGUCUCAGCAUCCAUGGCCAAUAAAGAUGAACAGAUUCCAGAUUCUCAAAAACCCAAAAACCAAUCGAUGCCUUCAAGCCCUACGACAUCUAGUAGCACUCCUUCAGCCCAGGCCGUAGCUCCAACGUCCCCAAUAUCUGUGUCUUCUCCUGUGAUGCCAACAUCACCUACUUCUUUUGCUCUGUCAGGUUCAUCCCAAAAGAAGAUUAGCAGCAUACGUUACCAAGAAGUGUGGACAUCAAGCACAAGCCCUCGCCAAAAAAUACCUAAAAUAGAUUCAGGGGUUGGGAAUAAUCCUGUCCCUGCCCUGACCACUCAGCACUGCAGCCACAAGUCAGCUCCCACUUCUCCCAUUGCUGGGCUAUCUUCUUCUCGAACUGUACCUGUGAAAUCCCCCAAUUUAUCAGAAAUCAAAUUUAACAGUUUCAAUAAUGCAGGCAUGCCUCCUUUUCCCAUUAUUAUCCGAGAUGAGCCUGCUUAUGCCCGCAGUGCCAAGAAUGCUGUCAAGGUACCUAUUGUUAUUAAUCCAAGUGCAUAUGAUAACCUAGCUGUGUAUAAGAGCUUUCUGGGACUCAGUGGGGAGCUACCACAGACAAAAGGGAUGGGUAAUAGGGUAGCCAGCCAUACUUAUGAAGAGAUUGGAUCCUCUGAGAGUGUCCAGUCCGCCUCAACAGAGAAAACUCUCUCUGGUAGAGGAACAUCAGAGCGAGCCUCCUUUGAAGAGACAAAGGUUCCACUUGAAGCAGUGUCAAAAGCACCAAAUCUACAACCUAGAACCACUACAGACUCUUGCACUGUGACAAGCACUGUAAUGGGCUCGACAAGUGGGGCAUUCUCACCCACUACAUCAACAAAUUCUCCCGCCAAUCCUGCCAUUACUGCAAAUGCAAACGUACCUGCAGCCAGCACUACUGCCAGUAUUGUUACACACACUUAUAAGACAGGUGGAGAUGCUGCUUGCAAUAAAGAUGAUAAUACAAGCUUAGCUUUAUCUUCUGGGACAGCUGUAAGCCAUAGGGAGGAAGCCAGUGCUGUGCUUUCACAGAUUGUGGCCUCCAUCCAGCCUCCUCAAUCUCCUCCGGAGUCCCCAUCAGCACAAACCAAAUCUUUUAAUUCCGAGGAGCUAUAUGCCCUCCCACCUGAUGCCAUUAAGGAGACCCUUCUUCGGCCCAAGUCUCUCUUUUCCCCAACUGAUGGCUGUCUUUCCAAGUCAAAGAAAGACACACCCUCAAAAGUUUUGUCUAAGUCUCAGAGUGCCUCUGCUGCUGCCCCACUCUCAAGCCCCCAGCCUGAGCCCACUGCCCCCUUCCCUCCUCCAAGAUCUACAUCCUCUCCUUAUCAUGCUUCUAACAUACUCCAGAGACAUUUUGGAAACUGGACCAAGAGCUCUGCCUCCAGUUCACCAGUGCGACCUGGCGAAGGUGAAGCGAGUCCUGGAGGGGAAGGGAGACGUAGUUUAGCAGAAAGCUCCAAACCUAAACGCUGGAUCUCCUUCAAGAGCUUUUUUCGUAGGCGGAAAGACGAGGAUGAGCAGAGGGAAAAGCUGGAGAGAGAGAAGGAGAAGGGAAAGCUUGUCGGGCUUGAUGGAACUGUCAUUCACAUGCUUCCACCACCACCAGCUCAAAAUCAGCACUGGUUCACUGAGGCAAAAGCAGAAGAUCCCACCCAGAAACCAACCAUUAUCUUCACCUAUAAACCAGACACUGGCAGUAGCCACGGCGAUGAAGGAGAACUACGGGUAGAGGAGUGCAGAGAAACUACACUACUGAAACCUGACGGAAACAAAGAUCCUAGGCCUUUGAGUCCAGGCAAAACAACAUCCUCACCCAAGGCUGGAGGAGAAAAUUGCAAGGAUUUAAGCCAGGUACCAGUCGGUGCCAGCGCCAGGGAUCGGGAGCUGCCCAGCGCCACCUCCUUGCCUGCCAAAGUGAAUCUGGGGCUGGUGCUUGGGGAGGCCGCGGAGGGCCAUGCCAACCAGGUUGCUAGUACAGCCGCGGCCAGUGAGGGCAGCGCCAGCCUGGGAGAGCCUGAGGACGACGGGAUUCACUCUCAUUAUUCUCACUCUCCUGCCUCCAGCCAGUGCAGUGCCACCUACAGCAAUCUGGGUAAAUCUCGAGCCAGCAUGAUUCCACUUAAACAGCCAAGAAACAUGAAAGCAUCCAAUGACACACUGGCCUCCAUCGAAAUCGAAGGCCUCGCUGAGCAGCCAGCCCCUAAAGCUACACCACCGCCAUUACCCAAAAAAGCAGUUCCUCGUUCCAGUACUGAACCCAUCCUGGGAGGCAAAGAGCCAGUGGGAGGCCUCAGGCCUCGAGCUGAAGCUAAACCGGGGGGCACCAACCUUAGUGUAGCCAACCCUCUUUAUGACUUGGACUCCACCUGGGAAACAGCUAGUCAGAGCUCCUCUCUGAGCUCCGAACCACAUCGAGGCCACGACCAUGAGAGCGGUGACUCCUUAGAGAGGUCAUCAGCUGCCACAGCUACCAACAAGGCCCGCAUGACCAAUAGCGUGUCCUCUCUGGUCCCUCAGCCUUCACCUGCUGCAGCCAGCGCAACCCCCGGCAAAGAGAAGAGAGUCUACCCAAGUUCAGAAUCCCUGGCUGGAAGGGGUCGGACAGCGGGUCGCGGAGCUGCCGGAGGCGGCACAGCCUCCAAACCCCAGAGACCUGCUCUUUACAGGGGGUUGGACAGCUGGGAUGAGGUGGUGGGGAGGAUCCGCGGGCUCCACACAGACACUCUACGGAAACUGGCAGCAAAAUGCGAGGACCGUUUCAUGGCUGGCCAGAAAGAUCAUUUGAGGUUUGGCACUGAAAGCUGGUCCCACUUCAGGCUGACCACUGGGAAACCCUGCUGUGAGGCGGGGGACGCCGUUUACUACACUGCAUCUUAUGCCAAGGACCCACUGGUCAAUUAUGCCAUCAAGAUCUGUCGGAGCCAGGUGAAGGAGACCCAGCAGCAGUUUUUCCACAGCCUCGCAGUGAGGCAGAGCCUGCCAGUGCACUUCAACAUCCAGCAGGACUGUGGCCACUUCCUGGCUGAUGUUCCUGCCCGCCUGCUGCCCUGGGAAGAGGAAGAAGAGGAGGAAGAAGCAGAUAAGGAGGAAGGGGGGCCGACAGUAAAGGACAAAGAGGCUAAGAUGGCAGAUUCAAAAUCGCCUUCUCCAAAUGGGAAGCUAGAUGAAGUCCCGGCUGCAGGUCACAUGAACACAGCUGGCCGCUUGAGGAGCCGAGUGGUGGUGAUCACACGUGAGGUGCCAUUCCAGACAGUGGCCGACUUUGUCAGAGAAGGCAUGAGCCGGCACACUCAAAACCCGGAGCUGUAUGAGCGUCAGGUCUGUCUGCUGCUGCUGCAGCUUUGCUCCGGGCUGGAGCACAUGAAACCUUUCCACGUGACCCACUGUGACCUGCGACUCGAAAACCUGCUGCUGGUCCAAUGCCAGCCUGGCAACCCCUGGAAUCUGGACUUACUGGAGCCCAACAAUAACAGCAACGGCAGCAGCUCGGGGGCAAGCGCUGCAGCCACCGCUGCCGCCAACUCCACCUGCCCCGCACGCCUCAUCAUCAGCAACUUUUCCCAAGCGAAACAAAAGACCACUCUCAUGGCCAAUGACCCCGGCACGCUGCGCGACCAGUCGAGGCUGGCACCCGAAAUCAUCACAGCCACCCAGUACCGCAAGUGUGAUGAGUUCCAGACUGGGAUUCUGAUCUAUGAGAUGCUGCACAGACCCAACCCCUUUGAGGAGACGCCGGAGUUGAAGGAGCGGGAGUACACCUGGGCCGACCUUCCACCGCUGCCCGUGAGAUCGCUUUACUCACAGGGGCUGCAGCAGCUGGCGCGCUUGCUGCUCACCGUUAACCCCUCCGAAAGAAUCCGGAUGGCCGAGGCGCGGGCCUGCCUCCAGUGCCUCCUCUGGGGACCUCGGGAGGACUUGUUUCAGGCGCUGGGCUGCAGCAGCACCGGGCCUAUGUCCGGGGCCACUUCGGGCCAACGCGAGGCCACCCUGCAGAACUGGCUGGACCUCAAGCGGACACUGAUGAUGAUCAAGUUCGCAGAGCGCUCGCUGGACAACGCCUGUGGCGUGAGCCUGGAGGACUGGCUGUGCUGCCAGUACCUGGCGUUCGCCACCACAGAGACCCUCGGCCGGGUGGUGCACAUCCUGCAACAGCCCCAACAGCAUCCCCCAUCUCCGAAUGAGAACCAGCCAGUGCACCCAGCACAGAACCAAACUCAAAUACAUCCAGCACACACCUUUCACUUGACUCCUUCGCAGCCACUCUGAGUUUCUCUGCCCAACUGUUACUAUGGCAACAGAGCCAACAUAUCCCCCCAGUGUGGUCCCUCUGCUGAUGUUAAAAGUGUGAUGUAAGCUAAUAGUCAGCUCCGCAGUGCUCACCUAAAACAAAACAGCUGCUUGUGCUGUGUCUGUGUUUUCUUCUUGGACUGAAUCGGCCGUGCUAAUUGAAAUCAUUUUGGCUCUCGUCAUCAAUGCCCCGCGUCUUCACAUAUCAUGAGUUUAUCACUCCACCAGUACUAAACUGAGGAUUUUACCAAACGUGUGAGGAAUUAUUUUAAGAUUUUGUGUUUCUGAGACAAGUCUCCAGACUUGGAGAGUUGUGAGUACUCAGUGUUAAAUAUCAUUUUCAUGCCAUCUGUCUACAGGGUUUGAGGGAGUGUGAAAUGAAAUAACUAAGCUUCUACGGUGAUGCAUAUUGAUAUUCUGCAAGUUUUGUCUGACAUCUAAAGGAACACCACGGUCAGAAUUUAGAAAGGAAACUGAGAAUUUGGAGUUUCAUCCCAAUAAUUUGACUCUUUUUUUUUUACGCAGUGUUGUAUUAUAAGCAAGUUUUAUUUGAAUCAGAAAAAAGGGGAGUGUAGGGAGGAUUUGAAAUGAAGGGAGUGGAGGAAAAACAAGCUUUUGCCAGACAUGAGGACAUGGCUGAACAUUGAAUUUAAUAUAUUUUAGUCUUGACAUUUGCACAGCUGAGACUUCUUCAUUUACUCAUUGUGCUUUUAGAAAUUCAAAAGCCAGUAUGAAGUUGAAAUUAACAAAAAAAAAUUAAAACAUAAAUAAUUAUCAAAACACAUUUCUGCACAGAGCUUUGUAGAGGUGGGUGACGAACACUGAGCUAAACUUGGCUUUUCAUUUAAUGUUUUUACGCUUCAAAGUUGGAAAAGGCUCGACCGCCCUGGCUGCUGGUUUGGGUUCUUGUUGGCGUAUGUGCAAUUAAUACCUGUCUUUUAUUUCUUUUUGAGGUAACAGCAUUAUGCAGUCUUUUACUAAUACUCUCUUCCUUCGUUUUUGUUUUGUGGCACAUAAACUGAUCAGUUUCAUUUCAAUCCUGCAACUUAAGAAGCAAGGUAAAGUUCAGUGGAAAGUACUUCUUAUAGUGGAUGGGAUAUUUCAGGGACUGCAAAAAAGUUAUUCUUUGUCGAUCGUUUUAUCUUUUUGUCGAGUUUUUUUUGAACGGUUCUGCGUUACGGAUGACAUUUGCACAUUUACAUUUGGAACGCUGGUGCCCCUCGGUGGAGCCCGGAGCACACGGUGAGACUGAAUAAAGUUCCUGUGAAUCUGAGGAGCUGGAUCUGAUGUGUUUUGCAGCGUGUGGAAUGUAAACGUUUGCGUGGACUGAAACGGACAUUUGUUCUCAUCUGCUCUACAAAUGUGCUUUUUUUAGUUCAACCACUUAGUUUCAUGUAUAAAUUCUAUCUUGGAGAGAAACUAAUUACACAGCCACUGACACUUGCUUCCAUUCCUCCUAUAUUGUUUGUUUCCCCUCUUCUCUUUUCCCCCUUUGCUCUACCAGUAGGAGAGUAAAUCCUGUAUUGAUGCUUCCGGCUUGUCACUCUGAAUUAAACGAGCUCUGUGUUAUUGACUUUCCAGUCUGGAGUCAGUAAAACCAAGACAUGUACAGAAGCCUCAACCAGUAACACUUUAUAACAGUCCAUAACUAAGAGUGUAAUUCUCCUGUAAUUUAGUGGAAUUUUAACAUAUUUUAUUUGAAACUGCAAUGUAAUUAUAUCCACAUACAAAUAUUUAAAAGGUCGUAUAAUGGAAUAACGGGGUAAAAAGUUAGAUUUUUACUGGAAACAAAGAAGUAUUCAUACUGUAAGUAAUUGUAAAAACAAACAAUAUUUCUCUAUCUUACACAGUAGGUGCUCUGUACUUUUCAGGGCAUGGCCCAGUUAUGGAGUGCCCUGACCUUGCUUAAUUUCCAGAUAUUUUUACAGGACAGGAGAAACAAUUUUAGGCAAUAUGUAAUUAACUGUGAAUUUUGCAGACAAACAGUAUUUUCCUUUUCUACAUCAUAAGUAUGCUCUACUUCUCGGAGUGUAUCUGUAUUAUGGAGUGACUGAACCUCGCCUUUUACACCCUUAUUUAAUGUUCAUUAUGUCUCCUUCGCUGUAAAGUACUUAGAAGUUGGGCGUGGUUAAGCCACUCCCAUGACCCAGAAAAUGCAGUGUACUUACAAUGUAAGAUAAUGUUUUUCUAUUAAAGUACCAAGAAAUUAUGCAGUAAUUAUUUCUGUUUCCUAUAAAAACCUAACGUGUUACACCAUUAUUCCAGUGCACCUAUCUUGAAGUAUUUGUAUCUAAAUAUAAUUACAUUGUCAUUUCAAAUAAAUACAUUACAAUUCCAUUCAAUUACAAGGGAAGUAUGCCCUCAGUCAGCGGCUGUAUUAUAAAGUGUUACCAUUGAAUUUAAUGUGUCGAACAAAACACCCCGAAUAAUAUCUUUAUCCUAGAAUUUAAUACUUGGAGGACUGGUGCUGCAAAUUUACUUUAUUUCAGAUGUGCAAAAACUUUGUGGUCCUUGGAGCAAAAAAUGAGACAAAGCAGGUUUAAAGUUUGUUACUGUGUUCAAGGGUUUGUGUACUGAGGAAUGUGUGUGGGACAGCACUGGUGGCUGUCCUCGUAUUCAGAGUUAAGCCUUUAUAUAUUAAAUAUAGUAUAAAUAUAUAUAUAUAUAACCUUUAUCUAUUUUAAUCCACACUAUUUUGUGGCGUACGGAGCACUUCUAUUUCUGUCACGAGAGUCUAAUAAUCAUUUUAUCUUUUAAAAGCUUUACUUGAUUUUCUUCCACCUUGCAUGUUUUGGAGGAAGAACAAGGUGAGUAGUUAUCACUGUCCUACACAGAGAAUCAAUUGUAAAAGAUCCCAAUCAUUCAGUUGCAUCCACGCAAAGAACAAUGUACAGUAUUUUUACCCCUCUUGUAAAGUUACCUGCGUAGGAGAAAAACCACUUUGGCUGAAGGAUGACUUUUGAACGCACCACUGAACCAUAAUAUUCAUCCGCCGUUUGGAAUACGGCAGACGUUGUUUUCUGUUCCUCUUUCUGCUCUGGUUUUCUCUUUUGCAUUGUUAACUGCCACUGAAUCUAAAAACGGAAGCUCUCCAGGGCUUUCUAAUUAUGUGUACAGUAUGUCUCCUGGCCUGCAGCCAUUUAUUGUUGUUCAAUUUAACCAACAGUAACAGAACAAUAAAUAUAUGUUUUUUAUAUAUA